GCCUCAUCACGUUAUUCCGAUACGGUAUUGUACAUAUUUGUAAAUAGUCUGUCAUGUGGCGGCGCCGUUAGUUAUAUUCGCGUGCGAUGCCCGCGAGAUUUAAUUUAAAUUUCCAGGUCAUCGAAAAAGGCUAAAAUUGGUGGGUUUUCGAUUGCUGUAUUACGAUGCGUAGUUUUGUGUAUACUAAUUGAUUUAGCUCUGAGCCGUAAGAUGCAUAAAGCUUUAACGACAUGACAAGACAUGACAUGACAUAGAGAUGGACUAAGAUUUGAAUAAAUCAUUAGCUGAAGUUUCGCAUUUCACCAAAGGCAUCUCACCCAACGAAUCGAAAAUAAUGUCCGUUACAGCGAACAGCGGCUCGGCGGCUACAGUUAAAGCUUUAGCAUUUAACUUAACUUAAAGCUGAUGGAUUAAAGUAAAGGCUUAAAGUUAAGGCUUUGUUCGAAGUCGAAGCUUGCAUUUAGUUUAAAGGCUUUGCAUUUAAAACUUUUCACAGUUAAGUUUAAGCUGAUGCAUUCAAGCUAAAGCAUUUAGUUAAAAAGCCAGUGCAUUCAAGUAAAAGCUUUAAGAUAAAGCUUUGUGCGAAGUUAAAGCCAAACGAGAAGGUAAAGCGUAGAACUAUGCAAGAACAAUGGCAUAUUUGGAUGUAAGCGAGAUUAAGUUGGCAAGACUGCAAUAGCUUGCGAGAUGAGGCCUAAAAAUGAUUGCAAGAUGUGAAAAGCUCUUGUAUUUCCAAGGAAACGACGGCUUUAGUGGACUUGCGUGACAGAUUGAUUGCACCAAUUGAACACGUCUGAAGGCGAGUUCAUACGCGCUUCACGGCUGACGUCUCGUCUCGUCCUGGCCUGACGUGAGAGACGAUCGCAUUCAACGCAUCACAGCAGAUCAAUCGGUCCACUGUGCUGCAUUUGAUUGGUUAAUCGGACGCAACUCGCGGAAGUCACAAAAUGGACAAGCUUGACAGACUUACCGUGAGUGAGUUGAAAGAGCGACUGAGGGAGAGACACGCAAAUAUUAAGGGCACGAAGGCCGUUCUAGUUCGACGUUUGCAAGAGCUUAUGAGAUAUGAAAAGGACGAUGGUUCAAGCAGGAACCGAGAAGACGCCGAUUGCAACAACGGACAAGAUAACGACUCCAUAACUGAGGCGGCGUUGAAUGACCAAUCCGUGUGUGGCGAGUCAGUUGUCUCUUGUCACACUUCCGCCUCUGCCGCCUCAGUGCGCUCACUGCGAGCUAUUGAAGCGACAAAAAGAGCUGCAUUGCUGGCACGAGCCUCGUUUCUGCAGGAGAAACGUAAAAUCGAAUUGGAGGAGCUGAAUCUUCGGCUUCGUAGAGAGGAACUAAUGAUAAGAACCGAGCUUGCAGAAUCGGAGGCAAGAGAGAAGAUCCUGGCGGAAGCUGAUCAGCCAGGGGGCAUGGCGGCCACGGCACGACCAGUCACAUCCUUCUCCGACCGACAAAACCAGCCGUCCUCUCAGUCUCUGACUUCUGGGAAUGCUGAGCCAGAAACAGGGCUCAGGAACCCUACUCAAGAGCGUCGCUGUUCUGAUGGACCGUCUGGGAGAUCGCGGGAGCCCAACACGCACGAGGCUAGGAGCAUAGACGACUCGGAGGCAGCAGGAGCAGCGACAGAGCAGAGGGGUCACACAGAGCCUCAGCAGUCACAGCAGGCAGACUACUCAAGGGUGCUGCUCACUCAGCUUCAGAAGGGCCAGUUGCCUAAGCUGGAGAUACCGGUCUUCGACGGUGAUGUAACGAAGUAUCGCAGUUUUGUUAGAGCUUUCGACUCCAGAGUCGCCAGUAAAACUGAUGAUCCCGACGAGAGGCUUUAUUAUCUUCAGACCUAUUUGCGCGGGAAGCCUCUUGAUAUCGUACGUGGAUGCGCGCAUAUGUCAGAUGGGUCGGGUUAUCUGGAGGCCAGGCGCCUGCUCAACAGGCGAUAUGGAGACCCUGAUUCGGUGUCAUCAGCAUUUGUCGACAUUCUGACUGAUUGGAAUUCUAUCAAGCCGGGUGAUGUGGACAGCCUGGACAAGUUCUCCAUCGCGCUCACGUCGUGUCUCAACGUGAUGAAAGAUAUACCUCCAGGGUCGAGAGAGACCGACCAUCCAAGAACGAUGCGCAAGAUAGUGGAAAAGCUUCCCUAUCACUGCCAGGACAGCUGGCGCAAUAGAGUGAUACAAAUAAAGGAAGAAGCAAACAGGAAGGUGACAUUUGAAGACAUCGUAGUUUUCGUUGACAGAGAAGUGAGAAAAAUCACAGAUCCCACCUUCGGGAAGCUGACCAAGCCAGAUGGAAGCGGUAAGAAGCCUCACAUCGUGUCUGCAACAGGUGUCAAUAAGGACGCAUCUCCUCGGGUGAUGACGUGCCUGUACUGUGCCGAGCAGCAUUCAACGGAUUCCUGUGAGAGGCUGAAUCAUGAGCCCUAUGAAAAGAGAAGAACGUUCAUCGUUGAACAAAGACUUUGCUUCGGGUGCCUUCGGCAGCGGCAUCAGAUCAGUGUGUGCACAAAAAGGCUGUCCUGCAAGAUCUGCAAGGGUCGCCAUCCGACUCCGCUGCACAACGACAAGCAGGCAUCUCCUUCCGAAUUUUCUGCUACAAGCAAGCAAGGCAGUGGUAGCAGUGCAGGGCCGGCAGCCGUCGUAAGAAACGGACGAUUGGAAAUAGACGGCGCAGAAGUGGCGGCUGGUGCUCGCGGAGACUCGUCCACAAUGAUGGCAGUGAUACCCGUGUUAGUUCGAUCACCUGACGGCUCACGAUCGGUCGUCACUCAUGCGUUCCUGGACCUCGGGUCAAGUGCAACAUUCUGCACGGAUCUUCUGCUUAAAAGGCUGAACGUCAAGGGAAAAGCGACAAGGCUGACGAUGAUGACUGCUGCUUCUGAAAAUCAGUCCGUACAAUGUCAAGUAGUCGAGGGCUUAUCUAUUACAGGCCUUCAUUCUUCAACUGCUGUUCAGCUGCCACCCACCUACACACUUGAAAGGAUACCAGUUAAACACGAGGACAUCGCAACCCCAGCCGACAUCGGUAAAUGGAUGCAUCUCGAGGGAAUUCCUCUGACACAAGUAGACGCUGAGAUCGGCCUCAUGAUUGGCGGAAACUGUCCCGAGGCUUUGUGUCCAAUUGAGGUCAGGAGAGGCGGUGAAGGCGAGCCAUUUGCGUUCCGUUCAGAGCUGGGCUGGGCUGUGUAUGGACCCCGAGAACUCCGAUCCACCAGAGAUCAUGGAGCGGCAAGAGUAAACAGAGUCAGUGUACUCAGAGGUGAUUCUGAUAUUCAUGAGAAGUUCGUCUCGCUAUAUAAUAAGGAUUUCGAAGACAACGGCAGCUCCACCGACGUGGGACUGUCAGUGGAGGACAGAGUGUGGUUGAAAACGGUCGAAUCGGGAACAAACGCUGACGGAAGAAUCGCUCCGCACGCUGUUGUGCGAGGUCGAGUCAAUACUGAAUUCGACUCCAAUCACCACCGUCUCAGGUGAUGCAACAGACUUGCAGCCGCUGACCCCAAAUGACCUUCUCCUGCUGAGGGGCGGCCCUACGCCAGACAGCCUGUUCACCGCCAGGGACAGCCGGUCUGCUCGAAGAUGGAGACAAAUGCAGUAUUUGGCCGAUAUCUUCUGGAAACGAUGGAUUCGGGAGUAUUUGCCGCUAUUACAACUGAGACACAAGUGGAACAAGGUGGAACGAAAUCUAGCAGUUAAUGACGUAGUGCUUGUCAUGGAUACGAGCACACCACGCUCCAGGUGGCCUCUGGGCCGAAUCAAAGAGACUUUCCCGGACCGGAAAGGCUUCGUUCGAUCUGCAAUGGUACAGACCGAGACGUCAGUUCUGAAGAGGCCGAUAUCGAAGCUCGUUCUCAUCUUGGAGGCAGAAUAGUGAGAACACAAAGAUAUAGCAUCUCUGUAAGGUGCUACUCGUCAGAGCACCAUGCCGCACCGAUCGCGAUGGUGACCAGAAAUAGUUGAGACAAUUGAUGGAUCGGUGAUGAGCCUUGUGUUGGUGCUUGUCAUGCUGACGUUCUAACAGUUGAAUAGUGCUUGUUUAGCGCGGUAGUAUUUAGGACCUGUUAUUGAACCAAAUAGGGCUCAAAUGUGGCAGGCGCUCAUUUGCAUGGCGCGUUAGAAAGUUGAUGCCACAAAGGUGACGUAAGUGUAUGCUGUACAGUGGUCAGCUUUAAUGGCAUGUGCAGUUGUGUAGUGAGUGUUGAGCCCUGAUCGGGUCAAGGUGGGGAGUGUUGCCGCCUCAUCACGUUAUUCCGAUACGGUAUUGUACAUAUUUGUAAAUAGUCUGUCAUGUGGCGGCGCCGUUAGUUAUAUUCGCGUGCGAUGCCCGCGAGAUUUAAUUUAAAUUUCCAGGUCAUCGAAAAAGGCUAAAAUUGGUGGGUUUUCGAUUGCUGUAUUACGAUGCGUAGUUUUGUGUAUACUAAUUGAUUUAGCUCUGAGCCGUAAGAUGCAUAAAGCUUUAACGACAUGACAAGACAUGACAUGACAUAGAGAUGGACUAAGAUUUGAAUAAAUCAUUAGCUGAAGUUUCGCAUUUCACCAAAGGCAUCUCACCCAACGAAUCGAAAAUAAUGUCCGUUACAGCGAACAGCGGCUCGGCGGCUACAAUAUACG